AUGGCUACUCACUCGUUCAUCUUGACUCAGUCACCAGGACUCACACACGACUCAGUCGACGGUUCUGUAGAAUUAAGAUGUAUAUUUGAGCAGACCGUUGACUACUGUUUUAAUGCUGCUGCAUGGGAAAAGUUGAAUCUACGGACUGGAAAACUCACGACUGUGAAUACUAACCAUGAGAAUAAAGUUCAACAACAUGAUGAUAAAACAUGCGCUUUGACUCUUAAUAACUUAAGCCUGAAAGAUUCAGGCAUGUACUAUUGUAUUAGCCAUUAUAACCAAAUGGCUGUGAUCGGCAAUGGGAGCAGGGUGAUCGUAUCAGAUCGUUCUGAACCAGAACUAUCCAUCUUAUACACACCACAAGAACCUGACUCACCAUCGGUUUCACUGCAGUGUCUCGUGACUGGACUUGUCCCGUCUCAGGUGCGUGUGUUCUGGAAGAUUGGACAGAAUGAGCGUGCUGGAUGGACCGAGUCCGGCUGGACAGACGACACUGAUUCAGCCACAGAGUUCACACGGGCUCAUCUCUCUGUUCCUGCAGAGGAGUGGAAUAAAGCCGGAGAAAUUCAGUGCUUUGCUGAAUAUGAUGGCGAGAGCAUCUCCAAAACUCUGACGCGAAGCGGACCCCAGCCUGAAAUCUUCUCGUGGCUUGUGUACGCUGGCUGUGUGGCAGCGCUCCUUACCAUACUUAUAACUGUCAUUAUGUCUGUGGCAUUAUACAGAGAUAUGCUGAUGACCAAAAAAUCCAGACGGCUCACGAGAAAAGAUGCCCAUCGCAAAAUUUCAUAUGGUAAACAGAGCACACUGAGAAAAGAGAGUUCACCUGUUAUGGUAAAUGAAGAUGGUGAACAUUGAAGUGGAUCGCAGGACACUGUAUGAAAGACUGUUUCUGCUGUUUCAAAACAACUAUUACUGAAAUAAUAAACUUUCAUUGGUGA